AUUGGUGUUUACAAUAUGUCGUGGCGAAAAAGACCCAACGAUUUGUAUAGAUACUUCCUUGGGUCAGGUGAAGGGAACACAAAUGGAGUCACGUUCAGGUGAUCAAUUUUGGGCAUUUCGUGGUGUACGUUAUGCUCAAGCCCCUGUGGGUGAUUUGCGUUUUCAAAAUCCUCAGCCAGUUAAAGUCUGGAAACCCGAAAUAUAUGAUGCCACUGAAGAUGGCCCCAUAUGUCCCCAAAGAAUUUCUAAUUUAUCAUAUAUAUCCGAGGACUGUUUACGUUUAAAUAUCUACACUAAAGAUACGAAAGCUCAAAUGCCAGUUAUUGUGUAUUUGCAUCCAGGUGGAUACUAUUCUGGUUUAGCCGUUAGCCGCAAUGCUGGACCAGAGAAUUUUAUGGAUCGUGAUAUUGUAUUGGUGACACUUAAUUAUCGAUUAGGUUCUUUGGGAUUUUUAGCCACUGGCACAGCUGAGGCUCCCGGUAAUAUGGGCUUAAAAGAUCAAGUUGUGGCAUUACGUUGGAUACAACAACAUAUCGACAAAUUUGGUGGUGAUCCAAAUUCAGUAACAUUGUGGGGCUAUAGUGCAGGUGCAAGAAGUGUCGGUUUGCAUUUGAUGUCGCCCAUGGCGAGAGGCUUAUUUCAUCGAGGUAUUAUAAUGAGUGCCUCUCCAGUGUCACAAUUUAAAUAUAAAACGCACCAAUUGGAUUUGGCAGAAAAGCAAGCUAGACUUUUGAAUUGUCCCGUGGAAUCGACUAAAGAGAUGGUAAAGUGUUUGAAAAUGAAAUCCAUGAUGGAUUUUGUUAACACUACAAAAGACAUGUUUGAGGUCGGAUGGAAUCCAGUUUUAAAUUGGAAACCUGUUAUAGAAAGUGAUUGUGGUGGAAAUCAGGAGCGUUAUCUUAUAGAGGAUCCAUAUACAACAAUGUUCAAAGGCAAUUUCAAUAAAGUUCCCUUAAUAACGGGCAUGAACGAAUAUGAAUUUUAUUAUAUGGCAUACUACUAUUUACGCAAUGACACAGAACGUCAAUAUUUUAAUGACAAUUUCGCCAAAUACACGCCAAUAUAUUUCCUAUAUGAACGUGAAACACCAAAGUCUUUAACGGCUAGUGCAGCUAUUCGUUCAUUUUAUUUUCAAAAUAAAUCACUGGAGUUCCCUCAAUCAUUAGAAGCUUUUGGCAAACUCUUUGCCGAUGGUAUAGUUGGCUUUGCCUACCAUCGUUUCUUAGAAAUGGCUUCAAAGUAUACGCCCGUCUACACAUAUCAUUUUACAUAUAAAGGACGCUACAGCUUUUUUGUAAAUCCUGAAACUAAUGAGACUUUAGGCUCUAUGCAUCAUGAUGAGCUGUUGUAUCUAUUAAAUCUUCGUACAAGAACGCCCCAAUUCAAUAAAACAGAUCCCGAAAACGAUACUAUAGAGCGUUUAACUAGAUUUUGGUUUGAAUUUGCCAAAAAUAGUGAUCCAAAUAAUGCUUCCGAUAAUUAUUUAAAAGAAGUCGAAUGGCCUUUGUACUCUCAAGAUAAGAAGCAAUAUCUGGAAAUCGGACAAAAUCUUAAUGUUAAAUUUAAUGGUAUCUUUCAAGAGCGUUUUCAAUUAUGGGAUCGUCUAUUUCCUAUAACUGAAAUGUUAAAUUCUAAUAGUGAACAACAAUGUAGAAUUUAAAGAGUAAAAUUUACUACUAAAUAUA